UUUGUUCGUUUUUCAUAAUUAUUUUGAAGCAGCAGCUAAUUAAUAAAUGGGAAUUUCCCAUUGAAAAUUUAACGUUUGGAAAAUGCCUUGGAGAAGGCGCCUUUGGUGUUGCCGUAAUGGCAACAGCAAUUGGAUUAAUAAAUAAAAAUGUUGAAACCAAAGUUGCUGUUAAAAUGUUAAAAGAUGAUCAUCGUAAUUAUGAAGAUAUAUUGGAUUUUAAGUCGGAAAUCGAUUUCAUGAAAAAAAUGGGGAACCAUAAUAAUAUCACUACCAUAUUGGGCAGUUACGAACAAGACGGAUCCCCAUGUGCCAUUAUUGAAUUCGCUUCCAAAGGUAACAUCUUGAAUUUUUUGAAUUCAAUGAACCCACGAGCUUCUGAAAAAGAAUUACUAUUAUACGCCAAUCAAGUGGCACAAGGGAUGGAGUAUAUGCACGACAAAAAACUUAUCCAUAGAGACCUAGCUGGUAGAAAUAUCUUAGUAACCGAAAAACAUAAUAAGAUAAUAAUGAAAAUUGCUGAUUUCGGACUAGCAAGGGAUAUUGGAAAGGAAGGUUACUAUAAAGAAGAUCGGCAUGCAUUAAAUCCACGUUGGAUAGCCCCUGAAUCAGUUAACGACAAUAUAUUCACAUUCAAAUCCGAUGUGUAAGUAGAAAUUACCAUUAAUAAUGAGGGAGAC